UAUUAGUCAAUUGUUCAAUCUUCAUCAUCUUACACCAAAAAAUCAAAGACUAAAUCUUUUUCUUCUUCUUAAUUUCCCAUCAAUUUUGUUUUCAUACUUGAAUAAUUAAUGGCAACUUUCAUUAAAACUCCAAGAUUAAUUAUAAACCCAUCUCCUAGACUUCCUUGUUCAACAUCUUCUUCUUCAUUAUCUUCUUACUCCACCAAAAACUUCAUGUAUAGAGUACCUUCAUGGCUUCUAGUUUUCCUACUCUUUUCUGUUUCUUUAUUAACCUUCUUCCUUCAAUGGCACGGCGGCGACAUCGACCCGAUCAACCAAUGGUCACUUCAACCGGUUGUUUCCACUCUUGGGUGCGCCACCAAAGUUUUGGGUGGAAACUCAUCUGUUUCCUCUGAUUUUAGAAGCUGGAAGUUUUAUAAUGAAUCUAACGUUACACCUAAGAUAUGUAUUACUUCAACCACUUCAGCUGGCUUAGAGGAAGUUCUUCCAUGGAUCUUAUUCCAUAAGGUUGUGGGCGUCACAAACUUUUUCCUCUUCGUGGAAGGGAAGGCUGCAAGCCCCAAUGUAUCUAAAGUACUUGAGUCUAUUCCUGGAGUAAAAGUUAUACCUAGAACAAGAGAAUUAGAGGACCAACAAGCUAAGAGUCGAAUUUGGAACGAGACUUGGCUUUCAGACGCCUUCCACAAGCCAUGCAACAGCGCGUUAUUUGUGAAGCAAAAUCUGAACAUGGAAAUGGCUAUAGCCAUGGCAAGGGAUUCAAGCAUGGAUUGGAUUCUCCAUGUUGAUACCGAUGAACUCCUGCACCCUGCAGGGACUCCAGACUACUCAGUGAGAGACAUACUAGCAAAAGUUCCAAGUGAUGUUGAUGCAGUUGUAUUUACUAACUAUGAGAGUGCAGUUGAGAGGGAUGACAUUAAAGAACCUUUUAGUGAGGUUACAUUGUUCAAAAAAAAUUAUGAGCAUCUUCCAAAUGAUUCAAACUUUGAACUAUACAAAAUUGCAACUCGAGGUAAUCCCAACUAUUUCCUAACAUAUGGAAAUGGAAAAUCGGCUGCAAGAAUCAAAGAUCACCUUCGCCCCAAUGGUGCUCAUCGGUGGUAUAACUAUGUCAAUGAGCCCAAAGAGAUCAAAGUGGAUGAAGCAGCAAUUUUGCACUACACAUAUGCAAGAUUUUCCGACUUAACUUCAAGGCGUGAUAGAUGUAAUUGCCAACCUACAAAACAGGAUGUCAAAAGAUGCUUCUGGUUGGAUUUUGAUAGAUCAGCAUUUAUAAUAGCUUCUACUGAAACACCCGAAAGAAUGCUUCAAUGGUAUGGAGACCAUGUAGUGUGGAACAAUAAAAAUAUGAACCUCAAAUUACUCAAGUAUGGCAUUUUAACACGCAUUUAUACUCCCAUGGUCAUAAUUCAGAAGUUAAAAGAACAGGGGAUUUUUGCUUCUAUAAUCGCAUCAGUGGAGGUUGCUUCUGCCUAAAUCAUCAUCCGUACAAAAAAUUGACUAAAUGCUGAAAUCUUUUUAGCAGGAAAAAAUUUUCUUCGAGUAAGAUUGGUGGCAAAGAUAACAUCCAUAACAAGAAGCUAAGGGACUUAAACAUUGGUCAUUCUUUACAAUAUAACCUUCUUGUAUUGUAUCAUUAAUAUUCUUUUAUUAGGAAGACUAGUAUUAUGUUAGAGUUAUCUUAGGCAUUUUGAGAUAUUCCAUAUUCUUUCCUAUUUUUUAGGGAAGUUAUUUUGAUACUCCUUGAUUUCCUCUUCUUAGAGGAUUUACUUGUAUUAUAUACCGUGAUUGUUAAUGAGAAGAUCUCAAGCUUUUUCUGUGCCUUA